AUGGACAACUCAUCCUCCGCCCCAUCCCACGCUUCACGGCUUCGCCACCGCCCUCCACCUCCACCGCCGAUUCCUCAGCCGAGCUCAACUUCGUUUUCAACCUCCACGACCUACCACCAUGCCUGGGGCCCUGGCCACAGCCCAGUUCCGCGAGCUAGUCCUUUUGCCUCUGACGAUGACAGGUCCUGGCAAAGUGACAUUUCUUGGCAGACACGGAGCAGAGGGUUUCACCAAAACCGCAAUCUUGGUGCAGCAUUAAGCCCCUGGACAGGCAGUGAAGCUUCAACACCGACAACCUAUGGCAGCAGGAUUUUCAAGAGAUCAGCUAAUCAGUAUUAUCUUUCCCACACUCCCGGAGGUGUCCCUAGCUUUGUUAAUCCUUCUCGUGAGUAUUCUUACACAGGCUAUGACGCUAUUCCAUCCGGGAGACUUGAGCUGCAGAGCUUUGAGACUGGUGAGCAUAGCAUUAAGCCGCACCAUGUUUCAAGGCAGGACAGGAUUGAAGAAGGGCCGAGUGCUGGACACCAAACCGAUUAUGACAAAGAAGUCGAUCAACACUAUCAUGAUCAUGCCAUGGUGAAUGAUCAUCAUACGGGGUAUACUAAUCACUCUCAUCAUUUGGAGCAGCAUAGGAUCAAUGACGGGGUUGAUGGAUACGAUGUGAAGUGUGUUGAUAGCUACCAUGUUGAUCAUCGUUCCAGUCAAUCAAAUAUUCAUCAGUAUAGGGUGGAAAGUAAGUACAGUGAGAGCGAUGGCAGUUCAGUAUCUGAUGAGGAAAAGGAUGAAGCAGAAGCCAAGCAAUCAGAGCCAGUUGCGCUGCUAAGCUUGUUCAAGUACUCAACCAAGUUGGAUUUAAUCCUUGUUGUGUUGGGAUGUAUUGGAGCUCUCAUCAAUGGAGGAUCUCUUCCUUGGUAUUCUUAUCUUUUUGGAGAUUUUGUCAACAAAAUUGCCCUGGACACUGACAAAGACCAGAUGAUGAAGGAUGUACAAAAGGUGUCUCUGUUUAUGACUGGACUAGCAGCACUCGUUAUGGUUGGAGCUUACUUGGAGGUAACUUGCUGGAGGAUUGUCGGGGAAAGAUCAGCGCAUAGAAUAAGAACCAAGUAUCUAAGAGCAGUUCUAAGACAGGAUAUUGGUUAUUUUGACACAGAAAUGAAUACAGGAGAUAUUAUGCAUGGAAUCUCAAGUGAUGUGGCACAAAUCCAAGAAGUGAUGGGGGAAAAGAUGGCACAUUUUGUUAAUCAAGUGUUCACCUUCAUCUGUGGUUAUACAGUUGGUUUUCUGCGGUCAUGGAAGAUAUCUCUUGCAGUUUUUGCGGUCACACCAUUACAUAUGAUAUGUGGAAUGGCUUAUAAAACGGUGUAUGUAAGCCUCACCAGGAAAGAAGAGGAAUCUUAUAGGCAAGCUGGUAGUAUUGCAGAGCAAGCCAUAAGUUCAAUUAGAACAGUUAUUUCAUUUGUAGCCGAGGAUUAUGUAGCAGCAAGGUAUUCAGACUUGCUGGAAGGGUCGGUGCCUUUUGGAGCGAGGUUAGGGUUCGCAAAGGGUGCAGGAUUAGGAAUAAUUUAUUUAGUUACAUAUGCAACAUGGGCGUUAGCGUUUUGGUAUGGAUCACUUCUUGUAGCUAAACAUGAGAUUAAAGGAGGUGAAGCCAUUGCUUGUUUCUUCGGUGUCAAUGUAGGAAGCAGGGGCUUGGCGCUGGCAUUGAACUAUUAUGCUCAGUUUUCCCAAGGAACUGUAGCGGCUGGCAGGGUGUUUGAAGUGAUAAAUCGAGUUCCAGAGAUUGAUCCCUACAGUAAAGAGGGGAGGAGUCUGUCAAGUAUAAGAGGGAAAGUAGAGUUCAAAUCUGUUACCUUUGCGUAUCCUUCUCGUCCUACUGUACAGAUUCUUCGGUCACUCAACUUGGCUUUUCCAGCUUCCAAGACUUCAGCGCUGGUGGGUUCCAGUGGAAGUGGGAAAUCAACAAUUUUUGCUCUUAUAGAAAGGUUCUAUGAUCCUAUCCAGGGUUUUAUCAAGUUGGAUGGUCAUGAUAUAAGGACACUACAAGUCAAGUGGCUGAGAACUCAGAUAGGUAUGGUUGGUCAAGAACCUGUGCUUUUUGGGACGACGAUUCUAGAGAAUGUCAUGAUGGGAAAGGAAAAUGCUACCAAGAAGGAUGCUAUUGCUGCUUGUGUUGCAGCAAAUGCUCACAGCUUCAUCUCCCACCUUCCAGAAGGCUAUGAAACACAGGUUGGAGAUAGGGGAACCCAACUAUCCGGAGGCCAGAAGCAGCGUAUUGCUCUUGCUCGAGCAAUGAUAAAAGACCCAAAGCUCCUCCUCUUGGAUGAGCCAACAAGUGCAUUAGACCCCGAAUCUGAGUCCAUAGUUCAGCAAGCCAUUGAGAAGAUUUCUAUGGGCAGAACCACCAUUGUCAUUGCUCAUAGGUUAGCCACUGUCAGGAAUGCUCACGCGAUUGUUGUCCUUGACCAUGGUUGCAUUGUUGAAGCAGGUAACCACCAUCAACUAAUGGAAAAAGCUGGAGCCUACUUUGACCUUGUCAAGCUUGCCACAGAAGCGGUGUCACAACCUAUGCCAAAACAAGAUGAAGGUAGAAAGGAUUUUGAGUUCUCAUCAUUUGCAAAAUCUGCUACUGAUACUUCAAAGGUGAAAAGUGUGUUUGAAAUCUCGAGAGAGAAGUACCUUGAAUCCAUGCAAGACGGUAUUCAAGAGGGAAAGGAAGAAGGAGAACAAUCAAAGUUAAAGAGAUAUCGACUUUCAGAGAUUUGGAAACUGCAAAGUCCAGAGUUUAUCAUACUGUUUAUAGGGUUGACCUUGGGUCUUCUUGCUGGAGCAAUCCUCUCUGUCUAUCCCUUAAUUCUAGGCCAAGCUGUUAAAGUAUAUUUCUACAAAGACCCUGACCAACUGAAAAGAGAAGUUGGAAACCUUUGUUUGGUCCUGGUUGGGCUUGGCUUUGGAUGCAUCAUAACAAUGAUAGGCCAGCAUGGCUUCUGUGGUUGGGCCGGUACAAUGCUCACUAUGAGGGUAAGAAACUUCUUAUUUAAGGCCAUACUCAAACAAGAACCAGGAUGGUUCGACUUCGAUGAGAAUUCCACUGGAACACUUGUGUCAAGGCUCUCAAUUGAUUCUGUCAGUUUCAGAUCCGUGCUUGGUGACAGAUUUUCAGUCCUACUGAUGGGCUUGAGUUCAGCAGCUGUUGGUCUUGGAGUUUCAUGUAAACUUGAAUGGAGACUCGCUUUAUUGGCUGCUGCCCUCACACCAUUCACGCUAGGAGCAAGCUAUUUAAGCCUACUCAUCAACGUAGGGCAUAAACUCAACAACAGCGCUUAUGCCAAAGCUAGCAACAUUGCUGCAGGUGCAGUGUCAAAUAUAAGAACUGUGGCAACAUUCUCAACUCAGGAGCACAUAGUUCAGUCAUUCGAGAAAGCUUUAUCCGAGCCCAAGAGAACAUCUGUCAGAAGAUCACAGAUUCUUGGCUCAGCUCUUGGCUUUUCUCAAGGUGCUAUGUAUGGAGCUUACACUCUAACUCUCUGGUUUGGCGCCUACUUGGUAAAGGAAGGUUAUACCAACAUUGGAGCCGUAUACAAGAUUUUUCUGAUCCUGGUACUAAGCUCGUUUUCUGUUGGACAACUGGCUGGUCUUGCACCAGAUACUUCAAUGGCCUCGGCUGCCAUACCUGCUGUUUUGGAGAUCAUAAACCGCAGGCCUUUGAUAGGCAGUGAUCCCCACAGGAAAGGAACGAAAUUUGAAACAUCAAAGCCAUUUGAUAUUGAGUUCAAGAUGGUGACAUUUGCAUAUCCAUCAAGGCCUGACGUGAUUGUGUUAAGGAACUUCUCUCUCAAGAUCAAGGGGGGAACCAUGGUGGCUUUAGUAGGAGCAAGUGGAUCUGGAAAAUCGACGCUGAUAUGGAUGAUACAGAGAUUUUAUGAUCCAAUUCAAGGGGGAGUCCUGAUGGAAGAAGUUGAUCUGAGGGAACUUAACCUGAAGUGGCUGAGAAGCCAGACAGCCUUAGUUGGUCAAGAGCCAGCAUUAUUUGCUGGAACCAUCGGAGAGAACAUUGCAUUCGGUUUUCCAAACGCUUCCUAUACAGAGAUCGAAGAGGCUGCAAAAGAAGCAUACAUUCACAAGUUCAUUUCUGGCCUCCCUGAAGGCUACGAAACCAAGGUUGGGCAAAGUGGGGUCCAGUUAUCAGGUGGACAGAAACAAAGAAUUGCAAUAGCAAGGGCCAUACUGAAGAAAUCAAAAGUGUUAUUAUUGGAUGAAGCAAGCAGUGCACUGGACUUGGAAUCAGAGAAACACGUCCAGGAUGCACUGAGGAAGAUCUCCAAGCAGGCCACCACCAUUGUGGUAGCACACCGCCUCUCUACAAUUAAGGAAGCCAAUGUGAUUGCAGUUGUGAAGGAGGGUGCAGUUGCAGAAUAUGGAAGCCAUGACAAGCUCAUGGCUUCCGAACUCAAUGGCAUCUACGCUAACCUUGUUCGUGCAGAACAAGAAGCCUACGCCUUUGCCUGA